AUGCAAUCGCUGCUUCAGCCACGAGGAAUCUACUCAGAAGUCCCUCCAGAUAUCCGGACGAGACUCGAUGACAAUCCGACACUUUUGGUGAGUUGGUGGGCGACAGGUGUGUCGCUUGCCAUUAUUGUCACCCGACUCUGUGGCCGCUAUGUGCGCAUCGAGCGUCUUUUCCGCGAAGACAAAAUCAUGAUGGCUAGUAUUAUUCCUCUACUGGCGAGGAUGGCGUUUGUGCAUGUUGUGUUGAUCUGGGGCACCAACAACACGAAGGUGCAAGGUUUAACCGACGAGCAGAUUAGACAUAGGGAAAUUGGGAGUCGAAUGGUCCUCGCUGCCCGUAUCUUCUAUGCAAUUUUUAUCUGGGCAGCCAAGCUCACCGUCUGUGAAUUCCUCCAUCGGAUUGCCGGAAUGACAUGGCGACGGUCGCUUCGAGUUUUCCUCAUCUUCAUCUACUAUUUCCUAGCUUCAACCCUACUCGCAGUAGUCAUCGCGACGCUCGCUGAGUGCCAUCCAUUUAGUCACCACUGGCAAGUCGUACCAGACCCAGGUCCGAAGUGUCGCUCUGGCUAUGCCAACGUCAUCACAAUGGGCGCGUGCGACAUCGUCACCGAUCUACUCCUUGUUGCGUAUCCAAUUCCUCUCAUCAUGCGAUCAAACAUGUCGGCGAGGCGAAAAUUCGCUCUUGUCACUCUAUUUGCCCUAUCGUUGAUACUGGUUGCAAUCACCAGCUACCGAGUACCGGCUGUGAUACAACACACAGGCUCCCAGCAAUAUCGAUCACUUUUAGCCUCCCUGGAGAUAUUAGCCGCUACCGCAGUCUCAAAUGUAGUAGUCAUUAGCUCAUUCGUCAGGGACAAGGGCGUCAAGAAAGCCAAAUACAAAAAUACCUUGGGCUCCGCUUCCGUCAACGAGAGCCUAGACCACAGCUCUACUCGCCGUGCAACCAUCACCAAUCACCAAUGGGGCAGUGACUCCGAUCUCGCUCGCGAUCUGGGCUUCCGUCUCGACCCCGAACUAUACCCUCGUGAUAGUGCCGAACCACGCCCAGCCCCCAUCGUUACUGGGGGCCUGGUAGACCCGAACUGGUCCUUCAGCCAACAAACGACCACCUUCGAUGACCAGUCGUCUACAAGCAACAGCCUCGACAUGAAGGUCAGCCCGCACGAAUACCUCCGCUCAAACAGAACCACCCGUGACCAAUCUGAGGGCUCUCCCGACCAAGUCCCAAUCUUCGAUGUCGGCGGACUUCUCACUCAACCUACGCCCCCAUCAACCAGCCACCGCAGCGGCCCUCCCACCGACACCCUGUCGCCGCAGUCCCAAACCACCCGCAACUCAAACAACCCCGUCCUCGCCCUCCAAGACAUAAGAGGCCUUGUCUCACCUUCAGGCGAUAUAUCCCCUCUAACAACCUCACCCUCACAACACCUCCCACCUUCAACCCUCAACCCUCCACGUCCCGGCGGUCUCCGACGCAGCUCCCAACAGGGCCGACGCCGCUCAAGUGUGCAUUUCAGCGAUUCCGCCGAUUCACCUGUGUCGUCAUUACGGACCCAAUCCCAAUCAGCGACUAUCCACGAGAACGCGGACGAAUUCGAGCUCCAGGAUGUAGGGGGGUUGCUUUCGCGGAACACAUGA